GUCCCGCCCCUCAGCUGCUGCGGCGGCGGCUCCUCCUCCCGGCGGGCAGCCCCCGCUGUCACCGAGCGUGCGGGCCGGGCGGCGCGGAGAGCGGGUGUCCCCCUCCCCGGCGCCGCGUCCGCAGGCAGCCGGCGGGACCGGGCCGCCGUAGCCAUGUUGAGGCGGAUUUUGCAGCGGACUCCAGGCAGAGUUGGGUCUCAGAGCUCGGAUUCGGAUUCCUCUGCAGCCCCAGGAAAUGCAGUGGAUGUGAACAAUGAAAGUACUUCAGAGGGCUUUAUUUGUCCUAUGUGUAUGAAAUCUCAUGGAUCUGCUGAAGAACUUUUCAAGCACUAUGAAGUAGUUCACGGAUCUGGCAUCGAUUCAAGUCAUGGAGGGGAUGAGCAUCCUUCACCGAAAAGCAAUGAAAUAUCACUACUCCGACAAGAAGUCCAAGAUUUGCAAGCUUCACUUAAGGAGGAGAGAUGGUAUUCAGAAGAGCUGAAGAAAGAAUUAGAAAAAGUGCAGCGCCAGCAAGAAUCUAAGCCUGAUGGAGUGACAACUGCUGCAUCUACAGAAUCAUUAGAACGGCAACUUGAAGAGACCCAAGUAGAAAAUUUUAAUAUUAAGCAGAUGAAAGACCUGUUUGAGCAAAAAGCCGCACAGCUGGCUACUGAGAUUGUAGAUAUUAAGGCAAAGUAUGAUGAGGAAAUGAGUCUUCGAGAAAGUGCAGAGGAGAAAGUGACAAACCUGAUGCAAGAACUACAGAAAGAGAGAGCCAUAAUAGAAGAUUUAAAGACUGAAUUGCUGCAAAGGCCUGGUGUGGAGGAUGUUUCUGUUUUAAAGAAGGAGCUGAUCCAAGUUCAGACAUUGAUGGACAAGAUGACUUUGGAGCGUGAGAGAGAAUCAGAGAAGCUGAAAGAUGAGUGCAAGCAUUUGCAGGCAGAGUAUGCGAACUCAGAGACACUUACAUUUGAGGUCACCAUAAAUCAGCUAAGGGCUGAGCUUGCAAAAGGCCCUCAGGAGGUUGCUGUGUAUGUGCAGGAACAACAAAAACUUCAAAGUUCAAUUAAUGAAUUAGCACAGAAAAACCAGAGUCUGACAGAAAAGCUGCUGAAGAAAGAACUUGAUUACACCCAGUUAGAAGAAAGGCACUAUGAAGAAUCAGUGAGUAAAAAAAAUAUGCAGGCAAGCCUUCACCAAAAGGACCUGGACCUGGAACAGCUUCGAGCAAGGCUGUCUGCCUCUGAAGCCUCAUUGCAGAGAUUACAGACAGAACUGGGUGAGAAGGGGGAAGCAAGCCACAAACUUAAGGAAGAAUUGUCAGAAAUAGAGACAAAGUAUCAGCAUCUCAAGGCAGAGUUUAAACAGCUACAACAGCAGAGAGAGGAAAAAGAACAACAUAGCCUACAACUGCAGAGUGAGCUUAAUCAGUUGCACAGUAAACUUCUGGAGACAGAACGCCAGCUAGGGGAAGCACAUGGUCGACUUAAAGAACAGAGACAACUCUCUAGUGAAAAACUGAUGGACAAGGAACAGCAGGUGGCUGAUCUGCAGUUAAAACUUUCUCGUGCUGAAGAGGAGCUAAAGGAAAAAGCAGCAAAUUGCACCGAAUUACAGCAUCAGUUAGAUAAAGCAAAACAGCAGCAUCAGGAGCAACAAACUCUUCAGCAAAGCACUACAGCAAAACUCCGAGAAGCCCAGAAUGAUUUGGAACAAGUACUGCGUCAGAUAGGAGAUAAGGACCAAAAAAUUCAAAACCUUGAGGCCUUGCUACAAAAGAGUAAAGAGAACAUCACCAUGUUAGAAAAAGAAAGAGAGGACUUGUAUGCGAAAAUUCAAGCAGGGGAAGGAGAAACUGCAGUUCUUAACCAGCUGCAAGAGAAGAAUCAUACUUUGCAAGAGCAGGUAACUCAGCUAACAGAAAAGCUGAAGAAUCAAUCGGAAAGCCAUAAACAAGCCCAAGAGAAUUUGCAUGAGCAGGUGCAAGAGCAGAAGGCACAUCUGAGAGCUGCUCAAGACCGUGUGCUCUCCCUAGAAACAAGCAUUGGUGAACUAAAUAGUCAGCUAAAUGAAAGCAAAGAGAAAGUAUCCCAGCUUGAUUUACAGAUAAAAGCAAAGACCGAAUUACUGCUUUCAGCAGAAGCAUCAAAAGCCGCUCAAAGAGCAGAUCUUCAGAAUCAUUUGGACACAGCCCAGAAUGCACUGCAAGAUAAACAACAAGAGUUAAAUAAGGUCAACACUCAGUUAGAUCAGGUUACAGCUACGCUGCACGACAAGCAAGAAUAUUGUACACAGCUGGAAGCCAAUCUUAAAGAGUAUAAAGAGAAACGUCUUUAUUUAGAACAGAAAACGGAGGAGCUAGAGGGACAGCUUAAGAAACUUGAAGCUGACAUUCUUGAGGUUAAAGCAAGCAAAGAACAAGCUCUUCAGGAGCUACAACAGCAACGGCAGCAGUGUACAGAACUAGGCCUCAGAACAACAGAACUGACUAAACAGCUUGAAGCAGAAAGAGAAGUUGUAUCUAGUACUAAAUUGGAUUUGGAGAAGAAAUCUGAUGCCCUGGAACAAGCAAAACAGCAAAUAUCAAAGCAAGGGGAAGAAAAAGCAAGCCUUAAACGGGACCUUGAGAAAUUAAAUCAAGAGACAAAUAAACAACGUAAGGAACUAGAUGGCAAGAUUCAAGCAGCAACAUCAGAGCUGCAGAAAAUGAAGUUGGAGAAAGAAACUUUAUUGAAAGACCUUACAGUUACGAAAGACAAAUUAUCAAAAACCAUUGAAUCCUUGAAGGAUAUAAAGGAUGAAUUGGAAAAGGAGAAACAGAAAGGAAAAGCCGCUGUAGCAGAAAUGGAAAAAUCUUGCCAAGAAACUAAACACCAGCUUCAAGUACAGACAGAGUCUGUAGCUAAAGAACGGAAUGAGUUGAAAAACUCACUGGAAAAACAGGAAGGGAUUUCUAAGCAGCUGACAAUUGAGCUUGAUUCGGCACGAGGACAAAUACUGGAGAUUCAGGGUGUCCUAAAAGAGCAGGAAAAGAAUGAGCAGCAUCUCCAAGGAAAGCUGAAAGAACUGAAGGAAUCGUUUGAUCAGAAGAAAAGGCAAACUGAAACACAGCAAGCUGAAUUAAAAGGUGCCCUUUUAGAAAAGGCAGAACUAGAGAAUAAAUUACAGCAGCAGGUAACAUUAUCCGCACAGGAGCUUAAAUCAGAGAAAGGAAAACUAGCAGAGCUACAGAAGAUCCAUGAAAAAGAUCAGGAAAAUAUGAAAGAACUUCAGCUGGAUCUUUAUGGUAAAGAAUCUGAGCUGUUGGCAACAAGGCAAGAUCUUAAGUCCACAGAGGAGAAACUUGCUCUGGCUCAGGAGGAAUUAGUUUCAAACAGAAAUCAAAUUGGUAACCUUAAUCAGUUGAUCCAAGAACUUAAGACUAUAAAGGCUACUCUGGAGCAGGAUGCAUCAAAGAAAGAACAGCAGCUGAAAGAACAGAACAAAAUGUUACAGGAAAUCCAGAAAGACAAGGUUUUGAAAGAAAAAGAUUUGGCUAAUGAAAAAUCUAAAACAACAGAGCUCCAGGAAAUAAAGAGUAAGCUGGAAAAAGAUAGUACUAAAUUGAGUGAAGAGCUUAGGACCUGCAAGCAAGAAUUUGAGAAGGAGAUGACAAAUCUAAAGGAUGCGAAGCAGCUAUUGAUUCAACAGAAAUUAGAGCUGCAGGGCAAAGUAGAUAACAUGAAUUUAGCUCUUGAACAGGAGAAGAAGAAUCAGCAAAUUAUCAAAGAUCAGCUGAAAAAAAAAGAGGAAGAACUGAAGAAGGAAUGUGUUGAGAUUGAAACUAAACUGCGCACAGAGAUAAAAGAGAAAGAAGAAGAAAACAGAAAACGUGAGGAGGUGGAAGCCAAGCUCACCAUGCAGAUCACAGCUCUGAAUGAAAAUCUCGCUACAAUGAAGAAAGAGUGGCAGAGCAGUCAAAGGAGGGUCAGUGAGCUAGAGAAACAGACAGAUGAUUUGCGUGGGGAGAUUGCAGUUUUAGAAGCAACAGUACAAAAUAAUCAGGAUGAGAGGAGAGCAUUGCUGGAGAGGUGUAUUAAAAGUGAGGGAGAAAUUGAAAACCUUCAAGCCAAACUCCUGGAACUGAAAAAAAAGCUGGACAAUACAACUGCAGCAAUGCAAGAGCUAGGCCGAGAAAACCAAUCGCUACAGAUCAAACACACACAAGCCCUAAACAGGAAAUGGGCAGAAGACAAUGAGGUACAGAACUGUAUGGCCUGUGGGAAAGGCUUCUCAGUGACAGUCAGAAGGCAUCACUGUAGACACUGUGGAAAUAUCUUUUGCGCUGAGUGCUCCGCAAAGAAUGCCUUAACUCCUUCUUCUAAGAAGCCUGUCCGUGUCUGUGAUACUUGUUUUAACGACUUGCAAGGAUAACUGGUUAUCUCAAAUGGCACUUAAACGUUACGCUAGAAUUAGAAUUUCUGUUGAUGCACUUCGUACAGCACUCAGACUACUAUUCAGUUUGAACAAUGAUUGUAACACUUGCAAAAUUGAGUAUAUUUUAAAAUGUUUUAUCGAUACUAAGUAAAACUAUUGUAUUUUUUGUGAGACGGGCUCAGAUCAUCCUCAGCUUAUUGCCAUUUACCCAGGAAAGAGCUUUUAUGGCUACGUUAGGAACACCCAGUUAUUUGUAAAUAAAGUUCAAACAGAGAAGUAACAAUGUAUUUUUUUAAUCUUUAAUUUUUGUGUUCAGAAGAAACAUGUACGUGAUACUGCAGUUUUUGUUUCUUUCAAAACAGUAAGUUGCAAAAAUUUGCAAGGAUUUUGUGUAUCAAAUAUUGCUGUUUCAGUGGCAUAAUUACAUUUUAAUUGUUGCAUUUGAUUGCAUAACUAACAUUCUUUUAAAUCCCCUAGUAAUUUCUUUAGGAGUUUUUCUCCUCUCUUGCUCUUGAAUUUUUCUCUCUAAAGCUCCAACCCUGCAAUGGGGGCAAACACCUGUACCCACAUGGAACCCUGCUGACCUGCAUGGGGCUGUGUGUGGACACAGCAGUCUGGCCACAUAGAGCUUAUUGCAAUAUCAGUGCCUAAAUCAUUGCCCAGCUACAGCAUUUGGAUAUUGGAGUAUCUUUACACGUACUGUAAGGUACUAGCAUUUGUACAGACAAGCUAGAAACAGGACUGCAAGUUUGGUUUCUGUUCUAGGAAUAAGCAACAGAGGGUCCUGUGGCACCUUUAAGACUAACAGAAGUAUUGGAGCAUAAGCUUUCGUGGGUGAAUGCCCACUUCAUCAAACGCAAGCUUAUGGUCCCCACGAAAGCUUAUGCUCCAAUAAUUCUGUUAGUCUUAAAGGUGCCACAGGACCCCCUGUUGCUUUUUACAGAUUCAGAUUAACACGGCUACCCCUCUGAUACUUGUUCUAGGAAUGUUGCAUAAAGCUCUCCCAUAUUGAUUUAUAGAUUUGUUGAAUAGAAUAUAACUUUCUAGAUUUUCCUAUCUGUGGACAUAUAAAAAAAUUAUCCUCCAUUCUAUUCUUUUUCUUUCCCUAUUAACCAUAGAAGCCCUUAAAGGUCCUUGGUUGGUCUUUGAGGAACACCCAACUGUCCUAUGCUAGGUUUCCUACUCAUGACAUAUAUUUGGAGACUCAAGCAUUUUAUAUGAUCUUCUUUUUGUCCCCCACAUUAACUGGAAGAGGUUGGGAUUACUCUCUCCCUAACUGACUUGGUCUUUCCACUGCUUCUCCUGAACCUGUGGUGCUGGCAUUUUUCUUAAUCCUGGGUCUUUCUUGGUACAAUAGUUUCAUGAUUUGGCUUGCUCAGAAUGGUGGUUGAACCUGCUGCUGUUUUAUUUAUAUACAAAACAGUCAGACUUAAUUAAGAGGUGAGGAUACGAUUUUAGACUUCGUUACUGUCAUAUUUUCUUCUCCCUACUUGUGCUGGAGGAGUUUUUAAAAGCGAUGCAUAUAUGUACCUCUCUUUGUUGUGUAGGCAGAAAAAGUAAAAUGUACAUACCUGUAAUUUUUCCUUCUCCGAAGUGGGCUCCUGCUGCUCUAUGAUCCAUUGCAACUGGAUUAUUCCUCAUCUUCCAGACCCAUUGCCUCUCUAGCUCCCCCGCUAACUGCCCAAGGUAAAAAGACUAACUAUAAGUUCUAAUGAAUAAAUAUUAUGAAAGAUUAGCCAUCUCCAUUCAUGCCAUCUUAUCGAAGGCAUGAAUUAACAACCUCAGAAAUGGUAGUGUAACCCUCAGUUUAUUGAGCUCUCCGGCCUCAUGGGUGUGAAGACCCUGCUGCUUCUACGGCAACAGCUUUUGCAUCUGCCCCAUUCUAUAUGACCUGCCCCUUGAAGAGAUAGGGAAUGUUUUUAAAACAAACAAACCCGCUAUCUGCAUAUUUAUAGAGGCAGGUAUUAAGGGGGGGAAAGAGUAAAGUUGGGCAUGAGCACUCAUGCUUGAAGUCCCUUACUCAUGCAGUAAUACUCUGUGAGCUUUAAAGCCUUUUUUUUAAAGUGGAUUUACAGAUAUACAACAAAAUUAUGUACUCUCCUUCCUUAAUGCAAGAUCACAGACCUGGCAGGCUGGUGGUCUGAGCAACUGGACACUCUCAGCAGUGUUGCUGGCAGGCCAGGCCAAUAUGGUACGCAUGAAGGGAAAGUGGAAGGAGAAAAAUUUAGUUCCACCUCUGCCUGUAGAUUCCAGCUGUCAUUGGUAAGAAAAACAAUUGGCUGGUGUAGUACAAAGGCAGGUGAGGUAAAACCCACUGACCUAAAGGAGGCCAGACAGGAAAGAGAAGAUUUAUUGGCAGUGGUAGGUUAGCAGAGAGAGGCCAUGCUGCAUAAACCACAUGUGAAGGAGCUGAAAGGGGGAAUAUAGUCAGUGCUCAGAACCCUCAGGCUGCUCUGAUAUAGUGGUGACUGGUAAUAAAUAUGGUGAAUCUGAGCCAUUGGAGUGGGGAUUUUUUGAAACUAGUUAACUGUAGGAGUCAGAACUGCCCUCAGGGAGAGGGGGCUGACAGAGGGGGGGAAGGGCUGCAGGAUGCCAAGCACAAGAAGAACUGGCUAAGGCUUUUUCUGGAACAACCUUGCUGGUUUCCUGCAGACUCUUGUUGUCCAAGAUCCUUCAUCUACUAGGAGGCACCAAGGAGAAAGAGAAAUAUAAAAAAUUAUAAUGGAAAAAAAGCUCCAACUGGAGAUAAAGACCUGGAGGAAGCUUCUGUGAGCAGAUUUGAGACACUAAAGAGUUAGAGAGGCAGUCACUUUUAUGAGUGACUUCACCUGCUGGUACUGGUAUGUGAUGCUAAAGGGAGAGAGGUGUGUGGGGUUUUGUUUGUUUGUUUUUUGUUUUUAAAGAGAACCCCUACCCCAUCCCACCCCGGUUCUUGGAAGAUACGAACUAACCCAGUUGUAAUGGAUCCUGGAGUACCAGGUGCUCAUUAGGAGGAAUAAUUUUGUCACUCUUUGAAUGACUUAGACUAUUGAGAUCAUCUCACUGGAAAAUCUUUUCUUAGUGAAGUAGGAAAAGAUUUUUGGAAACAAAAAUGUGAAGUAGCUUUUUGCAGAUUAUUGCCAAAAAUGAUUGCCAUUUGCCAAACUGUUGCUUGACAUAAAAGAAGUGACCCCUAAAGCAGAAUAUUCUCCAGAGCGCAGUAGGGGCCCCAUGAAACUCAAGUACUUUCUAGUUUGUUAAUGUAAUUUAAAUGCAAUAUGGGAAUAAAUGCUUCUUACAACAUUUGAAAUUUCUGACAAAUACCUGGAGAUAGAAAGGAAAAUGCUGGAGCUUAAGCCCAGAAGGAAAAUAAACAUUGUCUAGAGUGAUGAGUGAAAGCUCUAUAAUGACACUAUGAUUGGAAGAGGUUGAGAACUGAUGAAUUAAUUCAUUGCAAACUCCGAAAACCUCUGGAGGAGUAGGAAAUAGCAUUGUCACUUGCACUAUGCACUUUUUUCUUUCUAGUAUAACUGAAUAUAAUAUACAAUAAAUGGAAUGGCAAUUUUGAAUGCAUAGAUGUAGUAAUCAAUCCACAGUGGGAGGUAUUCUUAGCUGGAUUGCUCAUUGAACUAUAUAACUCCCCUUUGUUAAGGGGAGUUGCACUCAUAAUUUCUCUGCACCCUAGGGGAGCAUAACCCAAGGACACACAUAACAAAGGAAUUGACAUGGUCUUUAAAAAGCACGGCUGUGUUUAUAAAGCUGUAUCUUAAGAUUUAAAAUGAUAUAUGAAUUGUACAUAUUUAAAAAAAAAAAUCAUGCCAAUCGGUUUUCAUUCUCCAAGUAGGAACUCUUGUACUCACCUUAGGUUAUAGGGUAAGUUUGAAACUAACAUAUAUACACAGUUACACCAGAAGUCACUAAAUGGUUUACUUUUCAGAAAUAGUAAUAACAGAAAAGUAAAAUCCUUGUAGAGAAACAUGUACCUUUAUUUGUCAGUCCCCCCCCACCCCCGGGCUCUAAAUAAAGCCAUUUGCAUUUUUAGAGAGAGGAAACAUAACACACCACUUACAUUAAGAUUUUAAGAAAACAAAGAGAUUUACUAGUAGUAAACAUUAACCAUUUCUUUCUUUGUCCACAGCAUACCAUAUUAUACUAUGCACUCAUCAUACAGCAGGUUCAUGAGUAUCUUUUCACUGGAUUACAUAGAGUACAUUCGAAGAUAUUAAAUGGGAAAACUCUCUGGUGUUAACCCUCUCUGAACAGUGUUGUUUUAGAAGCAAAACAUUUGGUGAAGUUUCCUCUCCCCCCUCCUCCCAAAUUUAAAAAUCAAACCCCAGUCUUUUUUGCAUGCCUUUUGGGGUGGGGUGGUUAGAGGGGUGAAGAGAGCGGCUUGUGGAGAGUACGUUUAUUGUUUAUAUGUCAACGGGCCAGUGCUGGCCGGUCCAGAGGCUCCUGCUGUUGGCUCUAUUGCAAAGUACUUUGUUGUAUCACCUUGUUAAAUCCCAACUCCUGGCACCAAAGGGAUAUUAUAAGACUGUCUCACUGGGUUAGUGAAUACCGGAACUUUUUAUAGAAAUGUGUCCAAAAUGCUGCUUGUAUAGGAUUUGUCACUUUUGUAAGAAAAUAAAAUAAAAUAAAAAAAAAUCCAGCCCACCACUCGAUGCCAUAUAUGAUUUUAUUUAAACUACCUCUCAGUGUGUAAUUCAACCAAGUAGUCCAAUUUAAUAGGGUUUCCUCACUGUAGUGUUAUGUAACAGUUAUAGAGACUGCCAAAUUUGCAAGUGUCUGUCACCAAAAAAAACCAAAAAAAUAGUCUUUUAGUCUUUUGUGUAUGUUUAAACAGUAUCCACUAAUUUCUAAUUAUUGUAGACUCGGUCGUUCUUUUUUACCUCUGUAGUUUUAAUCCUACAACUCUAGCAGUUGGAGAGGAAAUAAAUCACUACCACAAACUUUUAUAGUUAUGGUCUGUUGGGUUACAACGGUUGUAUAGGGAGCUUUGUCAUAGCAUCAUCCACUAAUUAACCCACUCUUAAUUUAGCCUUUUUUCCCCAGUACUCUAGAUAUGAACUUCAUGAAUGGAUUUCUGUAAUGGAUGCGUGCUACAAAUUAUAUUGCCUCGUUUGCCUCUUUUCUGAAUUUUAAUGAUCAGUUUAUUAUCGUUGCAGAUGUGAAUAUUGGGCAUAAAAUUGACUAAUUUUCUGUGUAAUUGUAUAAAAUAGAAUUGAAAAAAAGCUUUGUUUUUAACCCACUAUUUAGAGAUAAUGUAUUACGUUUGCCUUAUGAUGCAGUUUUACCUACGGAACACUGCACUUCUUUUAAACUGGGUCAUACACUCCUAAUGGGCAUACUACAAAACUUACGUAUGUGUAGAUAGACUUUGCAUGAACAUUUUUUCAUCAACUUGAUUUUUAAGUCUUACUUUCAGUGUUGUGUUUACUAAUUGUGAUCAUGUAGUUGUGCCUUAUAUUGUGAAAGAGUUUAGUCCAGUAUGCACUGCAAUUUCUAAACUCUGCAAUUGGGUGAUGACUAAGGUUGUGGACAAGAAAAUGAUACCAUGCAUCAACUAAUUCUGUAUAAAGUAUGAUGGACAGAUGCUUGUUGAAAUGUUACUUUUGUUUUCUAAUCUGCUAAAGGAAUGAUAAUAAAAUUAGAUCUUUCUAAUA